UUGUUUGAAAACGUUCACAAGGAGUUUCGAGAGCUGGUGGAUACAUUGAUAGAGUGUUUCUGUGCUGACGCGAACAUUCCCAUACAGCAACUUCGAGAGGAAUUAAAAAAUACGAAACCAGAUCAGUUAACUGUCCAUCAGAAGACUAGCCUCGAACCAGUAGUUGCUGCUGAAAAUUUCAACGUUUUUGUGCCGAUGAUGAUGAGAAAGAAUGUCGAAUUGCAAUUACAAGCCCUGCAGAUGAUUGAGUUUAUGUGCGGCCUUAUCCCUUCAGUGCUUCAAAUUGAAGAAGGAGAAAGUUUCAAAAACAAAGCCAAGGUCAUUUCACCUGAAGAAACUGAAAGAUACGUGCUCAUUGCAGUCAUGAGGUGA